CACGGAUGUGUUGCCACUCGUUAGUGCCCUGUUUUAUUAUCAGUAAUGUCGUUUUUGACAAAAAAUAAAUUCAAAUGUGGCGAAUAAGGACUGAAGAUGAACAGGUCGGGCUACGAUUACAACGUGCCUGUAUCUACUACCUAUUAUGCGACAAACUCAAGGCCUCCGCAAUAUGAGCGGGGAUACGGGCAGCUUGCGCCGGUUCCUCUUUACAGCCCCUCCUCACAUCCUCUCUCCAAUUACGCUGAUGUGUAUGAGGGUAAUAACGAUACUACACUCCGAGCGGAGGAGAGACAUUGGUAUAUAGAAAACCAUAAGAAUUUGCAAAGUAACUACAAUGGCACUCACGAAACCGUGUCUCAGGAGACAAAAAUUAAAAAGGAGGAGGAGAAAAAAGCUGAUGUGCAAAUCGCGAGAUCCGAUACAGUGCAAGUCCGCCAGAGGAGAAAAGAGGACCGGUGUUCGUGCGAGUGUUGGCCUAGUUCAGACAAUAAUGGCGUGCAGGACUGCACAGGUAACGAAACGACCAGGUCGCUGUCGGGUGUUGAUAUGGUGGCAUCAUACGGCGUAUAUGGCAACUCUCAAGAAGAUGACAGCUCAGGAUUUGCACGCAUAUCGGAAAAGAACGCCACUUACAGCCAAAGGAAUGAAACUCCGGUACAGGGUGUGAUAGUGAAUCAGCAAGGCAACAGUGCCGUAGUGCGUCCAGCGAGUUCGACGGAUACGUCAUGCAGCAAGUGCUGCCCGUGGUCAUCCAAUGCCCAAGCCGCGAAUUCAGAAGACUAUUGUUGGAUACACUACUGUAAACCGACACUUAUAGUGCUUCUAUUGUUAUUUUUUCUAGUGUUGUUGGGCGUUUCAACAGGGUUUUUACUAACAAAUAAUUAUUUACAUUAUCAACCACGACCGCCCGCUCCGGAAGAAGCCUGUGAGAAGACGUUUUGUCGCUGGGGAGCGGAGUGCGUCUCACUUGGCGAUGGUCGUGCCCAUUGCGCGUGUCCUACUAGCUGCCCAUCCUCAAGCGCGCCUGUGUGCUCUACAGCAGGAAGAACUUACCGAAAUCAUUGCCACUUGCGUAAGGAGGCUUGUGAACGACGCCUGAACUUACGCGUCAAGCAUGAGGGUGAAUGUGAAGCCGGAGACCCGUGCUCCGGAAUUACAUGCCCGACGGGGUCUCGCUGCAUUGUGACCUACGGCCAAGCUGAAUGCCGAUGUCCCCGCAGCUGCCAAAGACGAAAACCAGUAUGUGGCAGCGACGGCCGGGAUUACCCAUCUGCGUGCCAUCUCGACAAACAAGCCUGCGAAAAUCUGCUAAACAUCACUAUCAAAUAUCACGGCAAAUGCGAUCCUUGCGCAGACCACGAGUGUGCUGAUGGUGGGAUCUGCCAACUCAAUGAAGUACGUGCUCCAGUAUGCCGAUGCGGCCCACCUUGCGAUCUGAUACCUCGAUCAGGAUCUGCGGUAUGCGGCUCUGAUUUCAAAGACUACGAGAGUGAAUGUGCGCUGCGUAGAGCGUCUUGCCGCACGAGACAACAACUUUCGAUAGCCUACAGGGGAGAAUGUGCUUCAGCUCAACACCCUUGUGAGUCGGUAAAAUGUGGUGUUCGCGAGCGAUGUACAUUGGACGCGCGCGGAGUGGCCGUGUGUGGAUGUGGUCCAGAUUGCGAAGAGGUAGUCCGGCCGGUGUGUGGCUCGGACGACCACACGUACGACAGCCCGUGUUUACUAGAUCGAACAGCGUGUUUGGAUAAUCGCGACAUACGGAUCUCGUACAUGGGCUCUUGUGGUGUAGAAAAUCCUUGUGCCCGGGCAAGCUGUCCGUGGGGCGGCGCGUGUAUAACACGCGGUGGGUCUGCGCAUUGCUCAUGCCCCGUAUGCGAUUCUACCCUGGCCCCGGUCUGUGCUUCCGACCACAACACCUAUGGCAGCGAGUGCAAAAUGCGUAUGCACGCGUGCCAAGCAAGCCUUAGGGACGGUGAACUUCGAGUGCUUUAUAACGGAACUUGUCAAACAUGUGCCGAUAUGAUUUGCGCGGGUGGAGGAAACUGUGAAGUAGACUCUGAAAUCGGCCGCCCAGUUUGCCACUGCAACCAUAAUUGCACUGAUGUUCAAGAUUCAGACGUGGUGUGCGGUACGGAUGGUCAGACUUAUCCGUCACAAUGCGAGCUCGAUUUGACAGCGUGUCGCGACCAAAGCGAACUGCGGCUAGCCUACAAAGGAGAUUGCGCCCUCUGUGAACCUGUCCAAUGUGCACACGGAGCGCAUUGCGUGGCUGGUGAAUGCGUGUGCCCGUCCGAUUGCACCAGUGCGCUGCGCGAGCCAGUCUGCGGAAGCACUAUGCAGACAUACCCCAACGAGUGCGAAUUGCAAAAAGCAGCUUGUAAGCUUCAGCCACCAAGCAAACUUCACGUUAUCUUUUACGGAGACUGCAAAGACAGGCUUGCCGUGGUUCCACCAAUCGCAAUGACUACGACCGCUAUGACUACAACUGAGGCGGAAGAAGGCUCAACGGAUUCCUUGGGCGCAACUGAUGGUGGUACCACGAGUCCAUCGGCUUGCCGUGAUAUCCGCUGCGAUUUCGACGCCAGCUGUGAGAUUGGUUUCGACGGUUACCCACGUUGCUCUUGCCUAUUCGAGUGUCCGACCGAUGAUGAAUAUUUUCCGGUGUGCGCGUCUGACUUUCGACUUUACCCAAGUUUAUGCGCCAUGCGAAAGGAAGGCUGUCAAAAGCAACUGGAGCUUAGAUUAAGGCCCUUGGAUCUGUGUAAAGGUAUGGAAGUGAGGCCUUGCGGUAAUAACAAGGCAAUGAUAGAUAUGUCAACGGGGCUCGAAAUUGACUGCGGUAACGGGCCACAUCGCCAGGACUGCCCGCCGGGGAGUUACUGCCAUAUAACGUUAACUGCCGCAAGAUGUUGCCCGAAAAACGAUACAAAACAAGUGGAUGAAAGGAAGAUUGUACACUGCUCUGAGAGUGCUUAUGGUUGUUGUUCGGACGGAUCGACCGCCGCAUCGGGCCCGGGCGAAGAGGGCUGCCCAAUUACAACUUCGACUUGCGGUUGCAAUCGUCUGGGAUCGGUGUCGGAUCGUUGCGAUGACAGUGGCCAGUGUGUUUGUCGUCCGGGGGUGGGAGGGCUUAAGUGCGAUAGAUGCGAGCCCGGAUAUUGGGGACUGCCUCGGAUAGGAUCUGGUCACACGGGAUGCAUUCCCUGUGGCUGUUCAGCUUUCGGUUCAGUGAGAGAAGAUUGUGAACAAAUGACUGGCCGCUGUGUAUGCCGAACUGGCGUACAAGGCCAGAAGUGUACUGUGUGCGCCGACCACCGCCGCCGCUUAGGCCCUAACGGCUGCUCAGAUCCGGAAAUUGGUGGCAUAUUAGAAUCAUGCGCAGAUUUGUCUUGCUAUUUUGGAGCGGUAUGCACUGAGCGAACUGGCGGCGCACUUUGCGAGUGUGCUGCUGCACCAUGUCCUGAUAACGACCUCAAUAUGCUGGUAUGCGGUAGCGACGGAAAGACUUAUGAGUCGGAGUGUCAUUUGAAACUGCAGGCGUGUCGCACGCAGGAGGAUAUAGUGGUACAAGCAUUUGGUCCUUGCAAGUUAUCUGAAGUACCUGGUACAGCCGGCCCACCUAGACCCUCGUCUCCAAUACAAUUCACACAACAGGAUGAUGGAGCGGCUUCUAAAUCAACAAGACACUUACUAAAUCCCGAUAAGUACUACAAUAAGUAUGAUUGGACGAGGAAGGAGACGCCCAGUGAUUUCGACAACAUUCUAUUGGGACAGAAAUUAAAAGGUUCACAAACGGCAACAACGGCUACCGUAGGAGCAGUGGGUGCACUAUUGGGGGAUCUUUGUACAGAAGACGCCGAUUGCGCUGCCUUACCGGGCGCGUACUGCGCGCGAGGAGGUUGCGUAUGUCGAGUGGGGUACACUCCCACUGUACACAGAAAAGCUUGCAUUGAACAAUUAACGCAAGAAACAACUGAAGAAUACAGUGCAUGUUUAUCAGAACCAUGCUAUAACUUCGGCACAUGUAUAGACUUACCCGGCUCUACCUACACUUGCGUGUGCUCCGAUCUAUAUACGGGUGUUAACUGUGAAUCUCUUAUCAAAGACGGCUCGUCAAUUACUUACAUCGAAACUCCAUCGUUUGACGGUACCUCGUAUAUUCGCCUAAAACCACUGAAGGCUUACCAUAAGUUGAACAUCGAUAUCGAAUUUAAGGCAUUCUCCGAAAAUGGGGUUAUAUUGUACAAUCAGCAGAAACCCGACGGUACGGGUGAUUUCGUUUCGCUCGCCCUGGUAAAUGGAUAUUUGGAGUUCAGGUACAAUCUCGGCAAUGGUGUAAUAAUAUUAACGUCCCUCGAAAAGAUUACGCUAAAUGAAUACCAUAAGGUAUCUGCAAAAAGAUAUCACCGGGAUGGCAUUCUAUCAGUGGACGAUAUGGAGGAUGUAGCUGGACAAUCGAGCGGCAAUUUAAAGGCUUUGGAUCUUUCUGAAGAUGCGUAUAUUGGCAGUGUGCCUGCAAAUUAUUCAAGGGUAUUCGAUAAUAUAGGAACGAGAAGUGGUUUUAUUGGCUGUAUAAGGUAUCUGAGGAUAAUACGCCAUCAAGUGACAAAGAAAUUGGGUCGGCCGGACUCAUUAGUGGUGUCUAUAGAGAACGUUCGAGAGUGUCAAUCUAAUCCGUGUAUGAGUAUGCCGUGUAGAAACGGGGCCACGUGUAGGUCUGUCGAAGGUUCGGCGACUGAAUAUACAUGUAGCUGUCCUAUCGGAUUUCAAGGAGCCAAUUGCGACGAAAGAUUAGAUCCGUGCGAAUCUAAUCCCUGCGGGCACGAUGAGGGACUAUUGUGCGAUAUUAGGCCGGAUGGUGGACACAUUUGUCGCUGUUUGUUCGGCGGUGAUAUUGAUUCCAACGGAAAUGCCUGCAACAAUGAUGUAAAUGUGAUACAAGAAAGUUGGUCGCCGCAGUUCAAUGGGACGAGUUACAUCGAAUUACAGCCACUCGAAGGACUAGGGAAGGCGUUUCGCAUUGAAAUUUGGUUUUUAACGAACCGUUUUUCCGGAAUGCUCCUUUACACCGGCCAGUCCAAUAAAGCCAAGGGGGAUUUUAUAGCGAUUAACUUAGUUAAUGGAUACCUACAGUUUAGGUACAAUUUGGGGAGCGGAAUCGCCAAUAUCACAUCUCCUGUACCAAUAACAAAAGGCCGUUGGCAUAGAGCACGAGCUACUCGAAUUGGUCGUCAUGGCAGCCUUCAACUAGACCAUCAUGCUACACAACGAGGGAAUUCUGCACCGCCCCUUACACAUCUGGAAUUAACCUUACCACUCUUCAUCGGAUCUUUACCUGCUUACGUCCGCCCCCACAAAAUGUCCGGGGUGACCAGCAGUUUCAUAGGCGCGGUGCAACAGGUAUUCGUGAACGGCAAUCCACUGACUCUAUACGGUGGAGAGACGGCCAAGUGUUCCAUUGUAGCCGACGAAGAUCAACUGCCUUGCGCUACGAGCGGUGUUUCUAAAUACAUUGGACCGCCUUGCGGGGAUGGUCUCACCCCUUGCAAAAAUAAUGGUUCGUGCAUACCUUUGCUGAACGAAUACAAAUGUAUAUGCCCGGACGGCUACCAAGGAAGGAACUGCGAGGUGCAAUUAAAAGUAGAGAUGUUAAACGACGGCGCGCCUAUUAAGUUCGACGGAAAUAAUUACUACUCGUACAGAAGCCGGGGUGGCCGUAGGAAUCGAGGCCCUCGUGGUAUAAGAUAUGAAAUAAAGUUCCGGACUCAUAACGAUUCUGGCCUAUUGAUGUGGAGACGGAAGAUCGGUAUACGGCCCCGAGACUUUAUCGGACUUGGCCUGAGUGGUGGGAAACUACAGCUUAUAUACACAGAUACUGAUGCAAAGGAAGUGAACUUAGCUAAAAAUGAGGACUGGUUUCAAUGUGUUGAAUCUAAAGACAGAGUGGACGACGGACUUUGGCAUACGGCUACUGUGAGGAGACGUAAAAGGCUUGCAAUGCUCCAAGUUGAUGACUUAUCCCCAGUGAGAGGUUACUCGCAGUCAUUGCUUGUACCCUCGAAAGCGAAUCCCAAAUUAUGGAUCGGCGGAUCACCGUCGUUGCCAUUGGGAUUACCAGCGGCCCUUUAUACGGGGUUUCGAGGCUGUAUAGCGAGCGUGAAAUCAAGCGGCAGGCACAUAGACGUUACUGCACCGAUACGUCCAAUGACUACGAUACGAUAUUGCGAUUAAAGCUUAAAAACACAGGGUGGAAGUAGGGCGAUGAUGUUCUGUGGCAAUACUAGACAAAAUACUUCAGAGAACCACGGCCUAGGGGCG